UCCCAGGCGUCUCAAUCACCUCUCCAAUGGGAAUAGGGUUAUUUUUUUGUACAGGAAGUGUCUUCAUCACCCUCCAGCCCUUUUUUUUUUUUUACCUCUCCCUGAGUUUCUCGCUGCCGUCCUGCUGGAUCCCACAGAUACAGGACACGAGCACGAUGCCACCGUGCCCACCCUGCUGCAUGGGGAUGUGGGGCUGAGGGUUUGGGGAAGCGUGGAGGGCAAACCUGGCCGCUUGCCACCACCUCCUCACAGACAGCCUUACACAGGAAGACAUUGCAAAACACCCAUUCCACAGCCCUGUUCCCGGAAUUUGGACUGUUUCAUGGGAAAGAUGCCCCCCUGCUUUCCUCCCCAGGAUGCCUUUGGGUGGAGCUGGCUGCUGGGGUGAGCCUAGCAGUGUGCCGUGGUGCCGUGCAGCCAGCACCAGCUUUGCACAAAAUGGGGUUUUUAUUAUGCCCCACUUGCCCCAUUCCCCCCAGCUUGGAUAAGCUCAGAACUUUUUGCAAACAAUCUGUGAAUGAAGAGAACUUCCUGCUGCUGCUAAGCACAAGGCAGCCCUUCCCUUCCUCCCCAGCACUCAAUGACCGGACAUGUGCUGGGACACAGCCUGCAGCACGCGUGUAUCCGCCCGGCCAUAAGCAGAAAGCGGGGUGCAGGCUGGGGACCCCACUGCCCUCCUCCAUCUGCUGCAUAGUCCUCAAAAGCACAUCCUCUGCACCCAGUGGCACUUGUCCCCGUGCUGUCCCAGCUGCCCCCAGUUGCUCUCCAGUGCACAGAAGGACCCAUUGUCACUGCUGUGCCAGCCCCCGCCCCGGCGCCAGCUGCUGCAGGGACCGGGCAGUGGCAGAGAGCACUGGUGGCACCAUGGUGGCCACGCUGGUGGUGGCCCUGCUGCUCCUCUGCUUGGCUGCAGGGACAGAGGCCAGCCCGGAGCUCAGUGAAGCUUCUGGCUGAGUGUCAGGACCAGCAGUGGUGCCAGUUCUCGGUGCACAGCCAGGUGUUUGGGCCGGACCCGUGCCCUGGCACACACAAGUACCUCAUCGCAUCCUACAAGUGCCGGCCAGACAACCAUCGGGUGAAGACAGUGUGUGAGAACAACGAGCUGAGGCUGCACUGCAGGCCAAAAUCCGUCCUGGCCAUUUACUCUGCACACUAUGGACGAUUCCUGCGGGGCAAACCUGAGUGCGAUGCCCCCAACGCCGGGGGACCCCAUAUUGAGUGCCUGGCUCCGGAUGCACUGCGGAGGGUCUCCAAGAAGUGUCACCGCAAAGGGAACUGCACAGUGACUGCUGACCAGGCCAACUUUGGGGACCCGUGCCUGCCUGGCACGAGGAAGCAGCUGCGGGUGUCCUACACCUGUGUGCCCAAGCAACUGCUGGAGGAGGUGGGACCAGACACCUCGGAUCCCUUCCUGCUCUCAAACUACAUGCACGGUGGCUGGUACAAAGGGCCCAGGUUCUCCAGGCUCCGGGAAGACAGGAUGAUUUUUACUAGCUCCCUGGCAGCUUUUGCCCACCUCUGGGGUACGUGGCCCCAAAGUACUGGGUUGGUGGGGGGUCUCCAGGCCCAGGCACCCUGUGUGUUACAGCAGGGUGUGCACCCCGAUGCCUCUCUUUGCUCUUCUCCCCCACCAGAUGUCCCUGAAAAAGUCGCUCUGUAUUUCCUCUGCGGGGUGUCAGCGGGCCUCGCUGUGCUGCUGUGCAUCGUCAGCCCCAAGGCUGCCUUCCUGCGGGAGGCCAGGGAGGCUCUGCUGGGCCCAGAUGGCCGCUCAGAGGCAAGCAGGACCAAACUGCGGGAUGAGCAGGAUGAAGACCUGCCUGACGACAGCUCCUCCGACUCCUCCUUCCGCCGCCUCACCCGCGCCUACCGUGCCACUGAGAGCAUCUUCAGCCCCGAGCUGACAGCAGCCAUGGAGGGAGCGGCCGAGCAGCAGGGCCGUGGUGGGGAGGAGAUGUGGAUGCCCAAGGAAUCCAGUCCCUACACCAUCCAGAAGAUCAAAUCGGCCACCAAGUGAGGAGGUGAAGGACGAGGCGCUGUGCCAGGUGCAGUGUUGGUUCUGCGCCUCCCUGGCCGGAUGGUGAGCCCUGCUUUCUGGGGAAUGGGCUUGCUUUUUUUUAGCAAAUAAAAGUGUAGGAAUGGAAUGUUGUUUCUGCAUGGGAAUGGAAUGUUGUUUCUGCAUUUGAUAUUAAAGAGAGCAGUCGGUU